UAAUCAUCCAUUGUCUAUUGUCCUUUACACAUUCCUCAACUUUACUAAGCUGCUGUCUGUCCUCUGGCUUCACUGAAACAUACAGCUGUGUAUCAUCAGCAUAACAGUGGAAGAUCAUUCCAUGUUUACGAAUAAUUUGACCUAGGGGUAGCAUAUAUAAAGUAAAGAGCAGUGGGCCUAGAGUAAGACAGAAAAAGAAUAAGGAAGUGAGCGUCAGAUACAGUGCGCUGUAGACACAGACAGACAGACAGAGAGAGAGAGACAGGUGAUAAGAAUGUGCUGGUGCAGGGUGUGGGGUUUCACAGGGCGUCAGGUUGCAUGAGGAAUGCGAAUACUGCGCUAUAUAACAGACCACUCUGCUUGUGCACUGCACUUUACUUCAUACACUCAGCCGUGCAUGCUGCAGGAAUUACCCACAAUCCCCCGAGCAGGAACAUGCUGAGAGUGCGCUGUCUGAGAGGAGGAAGCCGAGGAGCCGAGGCUGCUCACUUAAUCGGAGCCAUGAUUGGACGUACGGCGUCCCGUUGGGUUCAGAAGGCGUUUCAGAGCUCGAGCUCGGCGGCUGCCGUGAGAUCACACGCAGCUGAGGUCGUGGGCAUCAACGAGCCUGUGCCUGAUGAGUGUCCAGUUUGCGCUUAUAACGAGUGGGACCUGCUGGAGGAAGUGAUUGUGGGGCGCGCGGAAAACGCACGCGUCCCUCCGUUUACUGUAGAGGUCAAGGCCAACACGUACGAGAAGUACUGGCCAUUUUAUCAGAAAUACGGAGGGCAGACAUUCCCUGAGGAGCACCUGAAGAAGGCGAUUACUGAAAUCGAGGAAAUGUGCAAUAUCCUGCGCCAUGAAGGCGUCGUCGUGAGGAGACCUGAACCCAUCGACUGGUCCUUCGAGUACAAAACCCCCGACUUCACAUCCACAGGUAUGUACGCAGCCAUGCCGCGGGACAUCCUGUUGGUUGUGGGGAACGAGAUCAUUGAGGCUCCGAUGGCGUGGAGAGCUCGGUUUUUCGAGUAUCGUGCUUACAGGCCGCUCAUUAAAGAGUACUUUAGACAAGGAGCAAAGUGGACCACCGCACCCAAACCCACCAUGGCAGACGAGCUAUACGAUCAGGAUUACCCAAUCCGUACAGUAGAGGACAGACACAAACUGGCUGCAGAGGGAAAGUUUGUCACCACUGAACAUGAGCCGUGUUUUGACGCUGCUGAUUUCAUCCGAGCCGGAACAGAUCUGUUUGUGCAGAGGAGCCAGCAUUCUUCAUAUGGAGACGAUGAGAGCCACCUUCUCAAGCUUACAAGCUUGCAAACUCUCUGUGGUUUCAUAUUGGCCAUCAUGUACGAGUACUCCAGUACUACAGGUGGCGCUAUUAAAAUCUUCCGUCGUGACAAUUUCCACUACUUCAGGAAGAAGAUUGCUGUACCACAAAGUCAUCAAUCUUUGAAUGACCUGGCUUGA